AGACAACCAGGUCCUGGAUGGGCAAACAUCAAACAAAUGCUGACGGCACAUUAACCAGAGUUCGUAGAGGGUCAUUUGUCAUCGGACGCAUAACAGCGCCCAUCAUGGCGCCCGGAGAGUACACAUCCAUGGGCGCCGGCAAGUUGAGACUAAAAGGCGUCAAAGAUUCCAAAGUCGAAAAGAAAAAGAAGAAAAAAGACAAGGCCAAGUCUUCCGAGCAAGCGGAAGGAGAAGGCCAAAGGGGAAGCCACGAUGCCGAGGAUACCAAAUUUCAAGACAAAUCAGUCAUGUUGAAGAAGCUCGAGGACGAAGAUGAGAUGGUGAGGCGAGAGCAGCUGGAUGGCUCAGAAGGCGAAUCGACAAAGAAGAAAGAGGUAGAGCGGACGGGACUCGAAAGCGAGAUUGUCAAGACGGAAGCGGAGCGGAGGUAUCAGGAACAGAGGAGAAGAAGGCUCGAGGAGAGACUGAAACGAGAAGGUGUCAAGACACACAAAGAGAGAGUCGAGGAGUUAAACCGGUACCUGAGUUCUUUGAGCGAACAUCACGAUAUGCCCAAAAUUGGACCUGGAUAACGACUCGAGAGUACUUUGUUGUACUGCAUAUUUGGCGUUCACGGUCACACGAUUCACGAUGAUUGGUGUAUGGCAAGCCUGGGGCGCUUUGAGGACAAUCGGCUUUACAUCCUCCCAAUCAACUGGUGUGGUUCAAGCUGCUUUGAACAGUGCAAGACCAGAUACAACUACUUCAUACGAUGUUUCCUGCACGUCCAUAGGUCAAUUGAUACCAUUCGCAAUUCUUGG